UGUGGACCCUGCCGCCGAAACGCGACGCAUGAGGAAACUUUUGCUCCAGAUCCUACAGAACUCCACAGCUAUGCCCUUCACGAGAUCCAAAGAAGCACGACCUCCGCGUCCCAACGCAAAUCGAAUGGCAAAAGGCAGCCGCCCGUCGCUACGUCCACUCCGUCCUAACCCACUCCUCCCUCCUCCCCUUCCGUUGGCGCGGCAACCGCUACAUCUGCUUCUACUGCCACUACACCUUCACCGAGGCCUCCAGCUUAAGGGCACACACCAGGACACACCAAAACCUGGCCAUUAUGAAGCAUUUAACACAAACUAGGGACUUCGCUCCUAUAAAGGUAGACAUCAGAGAAACUUUAAAAUGCCUCAAGUGUAAACACGAGGAAGAUAGCUUAGAAGGACUAAUUACGCAUCUUAAAACACACAAACUGAUAGGAGAUAUAGACCAGGAGUGUUUCUUGCCUUUCAAGCUAGCUGAUAAUCAGAUAUCUUGCUUGAAAUGUGCUAAAUCUUAUCAGUCUUUCGGCAUGCUAUACUCUCAUAUGAAUAAAGUUCAUUUGGAAGGCACUAAGCGCAUUUGCGAGGCGUGCGGUGAAAGUUUUUUCUCAGAUUUCAGUUUAAGAAAGCAUGUGCAGUCGCAUCACUCUAAUUCCGACUUCAAAUGUAGCCAUUGCAACGAGAAAUUUAAGUUGGACGCGAAUAGGAUUAGCCACGAAUAUAAAGAGCAUAACAUCAAGUCUUUCAAAUGCUACAAAUGCGACGAAAUGUUCGGUUCGCAUUACUUAAGACGUCUGCACUUGCAUAGUACUCAUAUGAAGAUGGAAUUCACGUGUCAGGAGUGUUCUAAAACCUUUCUAAACAAGUCUUUACUGAAUCGACACGUGAAUAGGGUUCAUUUGAAGGAGAAAAACUUCACGUGCCCGGUUUGUGGGGACAAGUUCUUUGAUCUGGGCACUUUGAACGUGCAUGCGAAGAAGCAUUCGUAUAGCCCGCAGAAGAGUUUUCAAUGUAGGGUUUGCUUGUUGGUUUUCGGUGGGAAGAUGGAGCUGAAUGAUCAUAUGGUGACUCAUGCGGGGCAGUCGCUGUCAUUGAAGUAAGAUGUAGAUAUGAAAAUAAUAAAGACAAGACGUUCCUAAAAGGCGCGCAUCAUUUCGGUUUCCAUACAAAAAAUGUGAGUAGUUUCCAAGAUUUAUCCAUGUGGAAACUUCGCAAUUUUGAUAACUUUCCGACGGCACAUCAAUGUUAGCAUAGAGUAACUUAUACUAGAGCGGUACUGUCAUAGUAAAUUUUGUAACCCCAGUAAAUUCACUGCCAUCUGUCGACACACUUUAAAACUAAAAAUGAAGAUUUAUAAAAAUACGAUAGAAUGUAUUUAAAUAAAGAUAAAUGAUUUUUUUUAUUUGCAUUAAUUAUUUUUAUGAUUUUGAUUCUUUCACUGAUAUGCGUUAAAAUUGUUAAAUAACAAACGAAACCGUCAACGCCAUCUAUACGACUGUAGGCCAAAACUAGUAGCGC